GUUAUGUUAUGACCUGCGGCGCGUGGCGAAAGGAGGAAAAUCCGAAGGCAUUAGAAUUGGGAUGUUCCAUUCCAUCGAAUGCGAUGUGAUUGGCUCCUCCGUUAGGGCAAAAUAAUGGCGGGAGCUACUGCGUCCUGUGUUUUCUGUGCGAUUGCCACCAAAUCCACCUCUCUUCUUCAUUCCGACGAUAAGGUCGUGGCUUUUCAGGACAUUAAUCCAUCUGCAUUCAGGCAUUACUUGGUAGUUCCUGUGGCGCACAUUCCGACUGUUAAAGAUCUCCAGAGAAAAACUGAUGACUAUUCUUUGGUGAGUCACAUGUUAGAGGUGGGGAAAACGUUAUUACAUAGAGAUGCACCUCAGUCCCAGCAGUACAGAUUUGGCUUUCAUCAGCCUCCGCUGAACUCUGUUAACCACUUACACCUCCAUUGUUUGGCGCUACCAUAUUCACCCAGAUGGAGAUCCAUAAAAUACUUGUCUUUUGGACCCCUUGGCUUCAUUGAAGCGGAGAAGUUUCUGGAAAAGAUAAAGCCAUUGCCCACGGGUCAAUCAAAAGUAUAAGCGUCUGUUUGAUUUCCAGUUACCCCAACCUGAUAAUGCUUUCCAAUUAAAGAUCAAUGGUCUAGGUUAACUGACGCGCACAUAACUAGACACCACCAACAGAUGUUCUCCCACAACAUUUCUUCUGCCCAAGAAACAUGGUUUGCAGUUAAAACAAUCAGAGUCUAGUUAACUUGAAGUUAUUGUUUGUACUUAUAUUUGGCGUUUCAUCUUUCCAGAAAGAUGCUAUAUAGAUUGGAUCUCAUUCAAACUUACCUCAGUUCAGUCUUCUGACAAGCAAAACUUGUAGGUACAGUUAUCCUUUUGGAUCUGUUGAUCAUGAUGCCUGAUGUGAUGUCUCGACCUUCAAAUGGAGAACAAUAAUAAUGGUAUUUGCUAUACAUGUAUCACAAUUCAGUAGCUCUACUGACGGAUAUUUAGUAUAAUUUGCUGUGUUGUAACAACAGGAUACUGUAGUGGUGAGUCUGGUGAUUACCAUAUUAUUAUAACACUAGCACAGACAAAAUUCUUUAACUCUC